UACAAUUCAUACAUAUCAGCAACUGCAAUUGAAUGCUCAUUUCUAUCCCCCUUGCCACCAAUUGACAUCCACAUCCACCGUGUAACUCGACGUCAUGGCAUCUGGUUAUGGUCUUCAUGGAGGACCGUCGCGGUGUUUUCCAUUCUGGCAGGAUGUUCUGGCUUGUUAUGUAGUCAACACGUCCGGCGAGGACGAUUCGGGGAAGAAGAAGUGUGCACCCGUACUAGAGGAUUACUACGAGUGCUUACAUCACAAGAAAGAGGCCGCAAGAGUCAGAGCGUUACAAGCUGCGUAUCGAAAGGCCGAGGCAUCGUCAGCGAGGGAGAAUGCGCCGAGCGCUGGUCAAAUAAGAAAUCUAGGCUUGAUAGACAAGGAGGAGGAUACCAAACAAGUACUCGGCGGAUGAAUAUGAUUAUCUUUAAUCGAAAGUCAACCCAGCCUUGUGUGUAUAUGGUACUGAGUGUAUGAAUAAAAUCAUCGACACAACAAAUCGAAACCCAUUAGGGCCGAUGAAUAAUAGGAUGGUAUUGGAGCUUUCCUAAAUCCCCCAAGCCUACCAGCCACCAGCCCGUCGAUUAUAUAUCGAUUUAAAUUGAGCAAGGACACGGAAGUGACUUACACAAUACAAUCGUCCUCACCCAGGGAGAAUCAAUAAUCGCUAUUCAUACAUGGAUACUCUUCAAUACUUCAGAGGCUAGUGCAGUAACCAUACCCAUGUACUUUACCUAGGUAGGUAGGAAUCUAAUGCAUACAUGUAUACC